AUGGCGCCCCACGAGUGCACUCCUUCCUGCAUCGUGCGCGGUGACGGUCAUGUUACGGGCUCGCAAGGCUGCAAAGCCAAAUUCCGACGGCUGCAACAACCGGGCAAUCCGACCGGUCAACGAGCCCAACCUCGGACUGUAAUGCCCUCGGGUCCUGUCACCACUCCAAAAGCUCCCACGCCUAGCAACAAGAUAACGAAAGGCACAAACGGACCAGUGCAACCAGCGGGCACCUUGCCUGGACGUGCCCCCAAGUCUCCUCGGUCAACUAACCCGACAGCGUCACGGGAUCCAGAUGGGGAUUUCCCGGCUCUCCAGGGCCCUCCGUGUGGCGCACCAAAGAAUACGUCUCAGCCCAAGGUAGGCAGCCGAGACGGGCCUCCUCCUCCCCCCCGCACCCCCGUACCUUAUCCCCCAGCAAAGCUUCAUCCUCAUCCACCCCUUAAUUCUGACGUGACGGACCUCUGCCGCGAGCUCGAGACUCUCCAGACACAAAAUGCUGAACUUCACGCCAAAAUUCACGCGCUAGAAACGGCUCGGUCCUCCCCGCCCUCUGCCCAGGCAGCUUCGGAACCGAUGCAAGUGGUGCCUCUAGCUCUGACGUGCGUUCCACCGCCCUCAAAAACGCCCUUGCCAAGUUGA